GCGACUGUCGAUGUUGCUGUAGGGUUGUUGAUGCUCUGUAGUGAUCGAUUGAUUACGAGGUUACAGAUCUUUUUGAGGCUCUUCGACUGGGACGGUGAUGGGUUCUUAGGGCCUGAGGAACUGUUAUCAGCGCUCAAGUGCGCUUCUCGGUUAUUAGGUGGGUUAGGGUUCCUCCGACGGCCCGCGGGCGACUCAGAAUUGUUUAGUGUAACACAGCGCGCCCUAGCCGAACAGAGAAUCAAGUCGGAACGGAACGGCGGCAUUGGCCGGAUGACUUUAGCGGAAGCCACUGAUUGGAUGGCCCAUGCAGUUGCAACAAGUACCGUCCUGUCGAAGUUGUUCGGCGUGCAGUUCGCCUUUGGGGAGUUGAGUGCCUAUCAGCGGCAGAAGAUGCCUACUGUCAGACUCUUCGAGCUUGGGUUAUUAAGGCCGGCCGAUGUGAAAUACACGGUCGCGUUCGAGUCCAGCAAAGUCAGAGAAGAGCUCGGGUCCGAGUUCAAGCUCCAGCUGCACGAAAGAGCUACUGCUCGCGGCUUA